UCGGUGCCCGACAUGAAUAAACACUCUCAGUAUAUAUAUUCCUGCAAGGUGUAACACUUCUAAGAAACAAGAACUCGCUCUUAGAAAACUUGCUACCGAGAAGCGACCAUUUAACAUCAACAACAGAUUCAGAGCGGCAGAAUGAGGGCGCAGAUCCAAAAAGUUCCUCAGAUUGUUGAGCUGCUGAAGAAGAAAUCUGUGGGGCUGCAGCACUUCAAGCCCACAUCCUCCGUGUGCGUCCUGGAGAAAGAUGCUGUGGAGGCUGCACCGUGCCCACACGCUGCCUCUAGGGCGCAUAGUUUGGACGCGAUCCCGGGACCCACCAACUGGCCCCUGGUUGGCAGUCUGGUGGAGCUCCUGCGAAAAGGAGGGCUGGCCAGACAACAUGAAGCCCUGAUUGAUUAUCAUAAGAAAUUCGGGAAAAUAUUCAGGUUGAAGCUGGGAUCUUUUGAGUCGGUUCAUAUUGGCGCUCCUUGCUUGUUGGAGGCGCUCUACAGGAAGGAGAGUAAUUACCCCCAGAGGCUGGAGAUCAAACCCUGGAAAGCAUACAGAGAUCUAAGAGAAGAGGCGUACGGACUCCUAAUUCUGGAGGGGAAAGACUGGCAGAGAGUCAGGAGCGCGUUUCAGCUGAAACUCAUGAAGCCGACAGAAGUGGUAAAGCUUGAUGGCAAAAUAAAUCAGGUGCUGGUGGAUUUCGUUGACAGGAUUGGAAAAGUAAGCAAGAAUGGGAAGAUCGAAGACUUGUACUUCGAACUGAAUAAAUGGUCAUUUGAGACAAUUUGUCUCAUCCUGUACAACAAGAGAUUUGGUCUUCUGCAGGAAAAAGUCAACAAGGAAGCCAUGAACUUCAUCACAGCUGUGAAAACAAUGAUGAGCACAUUUGGUAUGAUGAUGGUCACACCGGUGGAGCUCCACAAGUGCCUUAACACCAAAACGUGGCAGGACCACACCGCGGCAUGGGACCGCAUUUUCAGCACAGCCAAAGUCUACAUUGACAAGAAGCUGAAUGGGAAUGCCAACAGAGAUCCGGAUGAUUUAAUCGGUGACAUCCUGCAGCAGAGCUGCCUUUCCAAAAAGGAGUUAUAUGCAGCCAUCACCGAACUGCAGAUCGGUGGAGUUGAGACAACCGCCAACAGCAUGCUGUGGGUUAUUUUUAACCUGUCACGUAGUCCUGCUGCUCAAAAGAGGCUCCUGCAGGAGAUCAGAGAGGUGGUGCCUUCAGACCAAGACCCCUGUGGAGAGCACAUCAAGAGCAUGCCCUACCUCAAGGCCUGCUUGAAGGAGUCUAUGAGGCUGUCACCAUCUGUUCCAUUCACAAGCCGUACCCUGGACAAAGACACUGUGUUGGGAGAUUAUGCCAUUCCCAAAGGAACAGUGUUAAUGAUUAACACUCAUGCACUGGGCUCCAAUGAAGAAUAUUUUAAUGAUAGCAAGCAGUUCAAACCUGAGCGAUGGCUGCGGGAGAACAGUACCAUCAAUCCCUUCACUCAUGUUCCUUUUGGUAUCGGGAAGAGAAUGUGCAUUGGUCGACGGCUGGCAGAACUGCAGCUGCAGCUAGCGAUGUGUUGGUUGGUCAGAGACUAUGAGAUUGUGGCAACAGACAAUGAGCCCGUUAAUGUGAUUCAUUCUGGGCUAUUGGUUCCUAACAGAGAACUGCCUGUGGCUUUUGUCAGAAGAUAAGGCCCCUCUGGAGGUAGCAACAGAAAGACUUUACCCCUGACAGUCCAGUGACUCCCUGCAUUGCUGCUAUGUACAUAAAAACAGAAACA